GGGAGGGAUGGUACGUUCUUUAAAUAUGGAAAAGACAAGCUGAACAUAGGCAGCAGUCCUGUGCGCUCCAAGAGUGGCACAGUACGUAGAACGCAACGUGGGAGAUCAGUUCGUACUCGCUGUUAGAGAUCUGCUGCGUUAUGAGAGCCAGAGAAGUUCAUUUUGGUGUAGUUAAUAGUAUCUUUGAAAUAACUCUAAUACCAAAUAGAUAGUUUCCACUAAGCUCCAUCACUGCAGUAUAAUCUAAUUUCUGUUAGUGUGUUGUAGCAUUGUAGUAGGCCUAAUUAACGCAUUGCAUUGAUUGGAAGUUAUCAAGGAAAGAUCUGCUCCAAAUCUUGAAGUGUCACUGAGCAGACAAAUCGGACUCUGUUGAGCUUCUGCCUCUCGACAGAAAGGAGGACGAGCCUGAAACGUGGACAAUAUGAGCGCUGACAAGAGCAAGGUGGAGGACGAAGCUGUGGUGGACAGGGGAGCCUCCUACGUCAAGCAUGUCUGUGAUGAAGAGGAGGUGGAAGGUCACCACACUGUGUAUAUUGGCAUUCAUGUGCCCAAGAGUUAUCGCCGGCGACGACGUCACCGGAGACGGUCCAAUCACAAGGAAAAGCGCGAGAAGGUGACGGAAGGCGUGAGUGACAAAUCAGAUGCAGAGAACACAGACGAGACCGCCCCCUGCAUCCUUAAACCACUCAUUUCGCCGGCCGAGCGCAUCCGCUUCAUGCUGGGGGAGGAGGACAGUGGCCCCCCGCCUCCGCAGCUCUUCACCGAGCUGGACGAGCUGCUGGCCGUGGACGGCCAGGAGAUGGAGUGGAAGGAGACGGCUAGGUGGAUCAAGUUUGAGGAGAAGGUGGAGAAAGGCGGUGAGCGCUGGAGCAAGCCGCAUGUGGCCACCCUGUCCCUGCACAGUCUGUUUGAGCUCAAGACCUGCAUACAGAAGGGCACCAUCAUGCUGGACCUGGAGGCUGGCUCCCUGCCGCAGGUGGUUGAGAUGAUAACCGAGAGCCAGAUAGAAGCCGGCCUCCUGAAACCCGAUCUGAAGGAGAAAGUCGUGUACACGCUGCUGCGAAAGCACCGGCACCAGACCAAGAAGUCCAACCUGCGGUCCCUGGCGGACAUCGGCAAAACUGUGUCCAGUGCAAGUAGGCUGUUUUCCAACCAGGAGAACGGUAGCCCAACCACUGCACACCGUAACCUCACCUCGAGCAGCCUAAAUGACCUGUCAGACAAGCCAGAGAAAGACCAACUGCAGAAUAAGUUCAUGAAGAAGCUUCCACGUGAUGCCGAGGCCUCCAACGUUCUGGUGGGAGAGGUGGACUUUCUGGACGCUCCCUUUGUAGCAUUUGUGCGCCUGCAGCAGGCCGUCAUGCUGGGAGCUCUGACUGAGGUUCCUGUUCCUACCCGCUUCCUGUUUAUUCUCCUUGGACCAAAGGGCAAAGCCAAAUCCUACCAUGAGAUUGGGAGGGCUAUUGCCACUCUUAUGUCUGAUGAGGUCUUCCAUGAUGUGGCCUACAAGGCCAAGGACCGGCAGGAUCUGCUGGCCGGCAUAGAGGAGUUUCUGGACGAAGUCAUUGUCCUGCCCCCUGGAGAGUGGGACCCUGAUAUCCGGAUAGAGCCUCCCAAAUCACUGCCCUCUGCUGACAAACGGAAGAACAUCCUGGCUGGAGGAGAGGGGCUCCAGAUGAAUGGGGACACGCCUCACGAUGGAGGGGGCGGAGGAGGAGGUGGUCAUCAAGUCGGAGAUGAGCUCAUCCGGACAGGAAAGUUUUGUGGUGGCCUAGUCUUGGAUGUCAAGAGAAAGCUGCCAUUUUUUGCCAGUGAUUUCUACGAUGCACUUCACAUCCAGGCGUUGUCGGCCAUCUUGUUCAUUUACCUUGGCACAGUGACCAAUGCCAUCACGUUUGGGGGACUGCUGGGCGACGCCACGAACAACAUGCAGGGUGUGUUGGAGAGUUUCCUUGGCACGGCGUUGUCGGGUGCCAUGUUCUGCCUGCUGGCUGGCCAGCCUCUCACCAUCCUCAGCAGCACGGGGCCAGUCCUCGUCUUUGAGCGCCUGCUGUACAACUUCAGCGUCGACCACAGCUUCGACUACCUGCAGUUCCGUCUGUGGAUCGGCCUGUGGUCCGCCUUCCUGACCCUGGUCCUCGUCGCCACGGACGCCAGCUUCUUGGUGCAGUACUUCACCCGCUUCACGGAGGAAGGCUUCUCGGCGCUCAUCAGCUUCAUCUUCAUCUACGACGCCUUCAAGAAGAUGCUGAAGCUGGCGCACCACCACCCCAUCGCCUCGGACUUCGACAUGAACCUGGUCACUCAGUACUACUGCCACUGUGCCCCAGCUGAUGGAAACAGUACAGGAUUACAGAAUGAAGUCCUGGAUCCAUUGGUGGUGAACAGCACUGAUCAGCAACAUCUCAAUACCACGUGGGCGUCCCUGACCAAGAGCGAGUGCGCGCGCUAUGGAGGUCAGCUGAUGGGGCCGGCCUGUGGCUAUGUCCCUGACAUCACCCUCAUGUCCUUUAUCUUGUUCCUGGGCACCUACGCCUGCUCCAUGGGCCUGAAGAAGUUCAAGACCAGCAGGUUCUUCCCCACUAUGGUGCGUAAGCUGAUCAGUGAUUUCGCCAUCAUUCUGGCCAUUCUCAUCUUCUGUGGAGUCGAUGCCCUGGUCGGAGUGGACACCCCCAAACUCCUCGUGCCAAGCCAAUUCAAGCCGACGAACCCUGAUCGGGGCUGGUUCGUGUCCCCCUUCGGGAAGAACCCCUGGUGGGUUUACCUGGCGGCCAGCCUCCCUGCACUGCUGGUCACCAUCCUGGUGUUUAUGGACCAGCAGAUCACAGCCGUCAUCGUCAACAGAAAGGAGCACAAGCUUAAGAAAGGUGCAGGGUAUCACUUGGACCUGUUCUUGGUGGCUAUUCUCAUGGUGAUUUGCUCCUUCAUGGGGUUGCCGUGGUAUGUGGCAGCCACGGUCAUCUCCAUCGCCCAUAUCGACUCACUGAAGAUGGAGACGGAGACCUCUGCCCCUGGAGAGGCUCCCAAAUUCCUGGGUGUCAGGGAGCAGCGAAUGACUGGCAUCAUUGUCUUCAUUCUGACUGGACUCUCCGUGUUCAUGGCCCCAAUCCUAAAGUUCAUCCCCAUGCCUGUGCUCUAUGGAGUUUUCCUCUAUAUGGGAGUUGCAUCGCUGAAUGGUGUUCAGUUUAUGGACCGUCUGCAGCUGCUUUUAAUGCCAGCGAAGCAUCAGCCGGAUCUGAUCUACCUGCGCCAUGUUCCCCUGAGACGCAUCCACCUGUUCACCUUCAUUCAAGUGCUCUGCCUGGCCCUGCUGUGGGUGCUCAAGUCCACCGUGGCGGCUAUCAUAUUCCCCGUCAUGAUUUUGGCACUGGUGGCAGUGAGGAAGGCCAUGGACUAUCUCUUCUCCCAGCAUGACCUCAGCUACCUAGACGACGUCAUGCCUGAGAAAGACAAGAAGAAGAAGGAGGACGAGAAGAAAAAGAAGAAAAAGAAGGGAAGCAUCGACAGCAUGAUGAACGACUCUGACUGCCAUCUCCAUGACAACAUACCAAGUAUUAAAAUCUCCAUGGAUAUGAUGGAGCAGGAGGCCAUGUUGGGCGACGAGGCCUCAGACAGAAAUAAAUCCAACACUCUCCUCUCUCCCUAUUGACGGGAUGCACUUUUUCCAACCCAAACCCAAGUUCAGUAAGCUUGGAAACCCCUUCAAGAACUCUGUGCCUCAGAUUAGGAUAGACCUGGAGCCAGAAGAGGAGCGCUAUUUCUGGAAAGCUCCAUCCUCAGAAACGUCUCUCUGAAGCCACAUGCUGUCCUGCCAGACUUAUCUCACCCAACCCCACUGAAGCACUCUCUAAAAGCAAUGCUCUUACCUAGUCUUUAGUCGUUUUAGUAUUGAGUUAGUGGAAUGCUGUAUGGCAGUGGUGAGAGAAGGAAGAUGUAAUCAUUUUGAAGCUUUAAUUCUGAAAGCAGCACCUCUCCUUGACACUAUGCAGAACAAAUGGAAAGGUAUUGGGGUGUGUAGCUCUGGAAAAUCACUGUAGCAAAGGUAUUUGUGGCAUUGCAAAUGCUUAUGUGCACAUAGUACUGUAUGACUUUUAGGAUUUUUUUAAUUCAUUUUUGAUUGCUUUACCAAACCAACUUAUCCAUAUAGUGAAGGAGUGCAAAUCUGUUCUGAGGUCAGUAUUGGUCACAAACACCAUGAUGUAUAUGUAAGGUUAAUUCAGCUCACUGUAAAAUGUCUUCAUUUUUCCCUUUCUUAUUUAUUUAAUUCUUUACUAUGCAAAUUAUUCCUUUUGUGGAGCCAAAGUGGUUUGUGAGAAACAGGUCUACUGUUUGUAUGUAUACAUUUUAUUGGAACUUUUCCUGUGUUUGAAGACACAGCCCUGGUGUUUCCUGUAGUGGGAAGUGUACGCGUUUUUUGUAGCUCUACCUCUUGUAAUCUUGACUUUUAGGUGCCAGCCAUUCAAAGUCUGAGGACAAACAUUUAUUUAUGCAACCAUGUAUGCAUAUUAAAUUGAUAUGAUCUGGGUUUUUCUUGAUUUUUUUUUUUUUUUUUAAACAUUGGCUCAGUACUGGAUAUUUCUUUUUUUAAGAUUCUCUGUAAGACUUCAAGCAUGUAAUAAACUAAGAGAUUAUUUGUAUAGAAAAACACUAUGUGACUCUGAAGUAUCAUAUAUUGUUGAAACAUCAAGACCUGAUUUGUUUUGUCUACUUACUUUGGAGUUGUUGAUUACUUUCAUUUUAUUAUUGUCUGUGGGGAUUUUUAAUGUAUUAUUUUUUAAGAAGUGAUUUAGAUACAGUAUUGUCUUUUUUACUUGCAUAACUAAUUGACUAUUGACUGCGAGGUUGUAAAGCACAGAGGAGGUUGUUGGUAUGUUAUUUGCUGCAAGUACAAAUGUGGUGUAGGUAAAAGGAAUGUAAUCCUCAGCAACAGGUGGCAAUCACUGAUGAGCAUACACAUUACUAUGUAGCUCUAUGAGGCUCUUCAGUCCAGCUGAUUCAGUCGCAUUGGACAGGUCUCUACAAUCUUCAUAUACCCUGUGACCCACAUUUACACACGGUGAUGUCAACCAUAUAGGAUACAGUGGCUAUAGUAAGUAUUCACACCCAUGCUAAAGU